GGACCCAAACAGUCUCGAUUGCUCGAAGCAUUUGUCACAAUAUGCUAAUAGUACGCUAUCUAAUCGCCUUGGUCUUCUCCAUUUUCAUGGUGGCCACAUCCCUGAAGAUCGAGGAGCGCUACCGCCGCUGCCAAGGCUAUAAGAUAUCCACUCCGGAUCGACUGGUCAUCAAAAUGGAACGACGAGGCGGCAAGUGUCAGUCUAAAUAUUUGGAAAAGAGACGUUUGAAGAUCUGAGAAGAAGAAACUGGAAAAUGUGAUAUGAUAAACGAGAAGGAAAACAAGCGAAAAAUCAGUGAUAAGAAUUCAGAACUCAUUCUGUGGAAAACUCGGUGGAAAAGUAAAGGAUACAGCCUCAGAGGCAACAUAAAAAUGUAA